AUGGUACAGAUACCGGGUUUCUCCAUCCACCGCCGAGACCGUCUUGAUGGGACCCAUAGAGGUGUGAUCAUCGAUGCUGCACAUCAGAUAGAUGGCAUCCCACUCCAUACUGUCCGCAGGACACACCUGGAACGCCACCCUGUCGAGGCUCUCUGGCUGGACUUCUCUCUGGGACUUCUUCACUUCACACUGGGCGGAGUUUACCGACCCCCUCGUCCAGAAUUGGGUCUACAGGAAUCCGAUAACCUGCUCUUCGCUACUAUUGAACGUCUCUCAAAUGAAAACUCUCCCUUGGUUGUGUUCGGCGACUUCAACUUGCCAACGAUAACGUGGGCCGAAAGCAUCAUCACUACGGGUGCUGUGGUGGAACGUGCCUUCUUGGAAAUGUACACUCGCACCAACCUGGUGCAGAAGGUAACCUUCCCAACCAGACAUAGACGGCAACAGACACCCUCAAUCCUAGACCUUAUCCUUACUAAUGACGCCGACUUUAUUGCCGCGCCUAUUUCACGCUGGCCCUUGAGUUGCAUUGACCACGAUAUCCUCCACACACACACCCAAGUGGACGUACUAACACCGGCUUCUCAGACUCGUCCAUGUUACCACAAAUCGAAGUACGACGUUAUCAGGGAAUCGCUGUCGCAAUACCACAACAACUCCAUAGCUCUUCUCCAGGCACACAUUCCUCUAAACAGAACUCUUGUCAAUCCGGACAAAACCUGGUUUGACCACUCCAUUAGGAAACUUGCACGCCAAAAACUAAGAACAUGGAAGCGAUACAAGACCACUGGUUUCGACUGCGACUACUCAUCACACAGAACCAUCACAAAGUCAGAUGCCUCGAAGGUGAUCAAAACCUCAACCGGCCUACUGGCCACCGACCAGGCUUCCAUUGCUGAAACCUUUGUGGAUGAAUUUCAAAAGGUCUAUACUCUUGAACCCCCACUGACCCCGGAACAACAGCUACUGCCUUCAGACGGGCCCACCGCCGCCCUGGAGGACACAUACUUUUCCAUCAUAGAAGUGGGCCAGACUCUCUGCAGUCUAAGCCUGGUGGCCUGUGUCACUUCUGGUGUCCUUCUGGAGGAUUGGAAAGAGGCUCUUGUCACUCCCAUCUUCAAGAAGGGUGACCAGACGGAUCCUAUCAACUACCGUCCGAUCAGCCUUACAAGCCCAGUCGGUAAGGUCAUGGAGCGAAUAGUGGUGCGCCAGAUGCUAGACUUCAUUACCGAGCGCAGGGCCUUUUCCAAGGCUUUCGACAACCGCUUGAUUGUAAAUCUGCAACGUCUGAGCAUUAGGGGGAAACUCUUAGCCUGGAUCCGAAGCUAUCUCAACGGGUCGGUCCUCGGCCCACUCUUGUUUGUCCUUUACACGAUUGACAUUGGAAGGGAUUUCACCUGCAGAUGGAAUGCGUAUGCUGAUGACACGAUGCUCUUUGCUGACCCGGUACUGUCUCACCAACAACUACAGUGUUGGGUCCUACACAUCAGCAAGAAGAAAAACUCUCCAGUAACCUACUUCUUGGGAAACACCAGGAUUGAAACCACGAGCUCGCAAUUGGAUCUUGGUGUUGUCAUUACUGAAAACCUCAAGCGGGACCAGCAAGUUCGUGUAGACGCUAGAAAGGCCAACCGCUAG